AUGAAUUUCGAAUUUCUGCGAACACUUCAAGGCUUUCUUAACCUUUUACAAGUUUGUUUGGGAUUUGCUGCUCUAUUCGCUUGUUCUUUCAUAUGGACUGCAGGAAACCUCUAUUUCCAAUUUAUUUUUAGUGGUUUCGGAUGGCAGACGCUGAUUCUUAUUAUACUUUUUGUCACUUGGGUUUUCGCAUUACUAAUAUUCUUAUCAAAUUUGUUUGAAAAAGAUGUUCUCGGACAAUUAGGAAAAGCAAAGUUGAUAAUCCUAUAUGGUAUUUGUCUUGUUGCCCUCAUCAUCGCAGCCUCUCUGGAAACGUGGUAUAGUACCAAGUUCACAAGGGAAUCUUUCUUGAAGUCUCGAUUCAUAGCAGUUACAGUAUUCUCUUGGUUAUUGGUUGCAAGUUACGCAGCUCUAAUGCUGUUAACAGCUUUCUUCGUCUGA